UUGUUACCUUCAAUAAUGCUGCUCUUGAACCUCAUUGAAGUUAGUCUGUAGUAAGAGUAAGAAAAGUGAUUUUCCUUGAAUUGCUUGAGAUUGUUAACUUGUUUUCUCAGCAACUGAUUCAUGAUCAUAUUGAAUAGCUUCAGAUUUCAUAUGUUUGACUCACAACAGACUUUCUUCAUGUUUUCCUUUUGUUCUCAAGCUUGAUGGGACUUUAUCUAUACCCUUUCUUAAUGUCUUAUAAUUUUUAGUUUAUUUCUUUUCUUGUCUAUUUUGUCCCUUUACUCACUGAAUUCAUCAUUAUAUUAUAUCAACAUUAUCACCAACAAUAUCAUCAAAUCGUCAACUUGAUUCUCUCUUCUUAUGGUUUGAUUACCUCUUCAGGUUACCAACUUUUAAUUGUCUUGUCAUAUGUGUCACGUUGUGUUGUCAUAAAGACUCGAUAUCGAUUUAAUUUAAAUGUAUUUGCCCAUUAGAUGUAUUUCAUCUACUACUGUGCGAUUUAAGUCAAUCAACAUAUUGGUAAAACGUUACAACAUUUGACAAUGAAAAAGAGAGAGAGACAAAGAUUGUGAAAAAUACCACAACUCACUCACAUCGCAUAUAAACCUUAUAACUCACUUAUUUCAUCCAUUGGUUUACUUGUAAUUUUUAUUUAUCAUUUUCAUCUAUUACAAUUUUAUUGAAGGAGUGAAUUUCAACAUCAUCAUCACAAAGUACCCUCCUGUCAGGAAACUACACUGUUAUUGAAUUACGAUUUUAUUUUUACAUCUGUAUCAUCUAUGCCUACAAGGAACCAAAAUUGAAGCCACUAUAUUCCAGACACAUAGCCGAAAGUUGCCUUUGUUUUGGUUGUUGAAUGUACUCACCAUUACACUACUGUCUCCGUUAUUUGAUUGCCAAAUUUAUUUCUUGAUCAAGUUUUUCCCAUUCCACAUUCACCUGUUUUGAUUCAACCGUGGACUUGUGUUUAAAGUAAAUAAUAAUUGGAAUUCAUUUGACUUAUUUCAUCGCCAAAUGUUAAAUUGGUUUCAUUUUACACUCUGAUCUAUCCGCUAGAUUUAUGCUGUCUAAUUUUACAAUCUAGUCUCUCAACAUACCUAUUUUUGGACAAAUAUAAUUUUAGAUUAUAAUUUUAACCUAAUUGUUUCCAUAAAAUGGCUAACAGAUCGAACUCGAGAAUAAAAUGGCGUUUCGUGUUUGUUGCCAUUUCCUUUUAUGGUUUUAUACUCAACCAUGGGAUCAAAAACAUUCUUAGUGUAACUAUUGUUGCCAUGUCUGAUCCAGACACAAAUAACACCUCUUCCAGUGGCCUUACAACAACCCUGAUGUCCAGUUCAAAUGAUACAAACAGUAAUAAGCUCAAUUGGUCUCAUGACACACGUAAUACAGUACUUCAAGCCUUCUUUUACGGAUACACAGCAUCUCAGUUACCUGCAGGUAGAAUCGCAGAAAUUUUUGGAUCUAAACAUAUUUUUGGAACCGGUGUUUUUACUGCUUCAAUGUUGUCAUUUGCUUUUCCUUUUGCUGCUCGAUGGUCAGUUACGGCAGCAUUCAUUGUUCGUCUUUUCCAAGGACUUUGUCUCGGUGUUACCUUUCCAGCAAUGCAUUCAAUGUAUGCACGUUGGGCUCCUAUCAAAGAGCGAUCCAUUGUUGGCUCAUUUAUCUACUCUGGUGGACCUAUUGGAAUAGUAUUUUCUGGUACAUUAGCUGGCUAUCUUUCAGGAACUGAUUUUCUGGGUGGUUGGCCAGCCAUUUAUUAUAUCCUUGGGGCUUCAGGGGUUAUUUGGUAUAUUUUAUGGUUAACUCUAGUCUAUGAAUCUCCUGAAGAUCAUCCUUGGAUCAAUGAACGAGAAGUUGCCUUAAUUAAUUUGGGACGAGCUAAAACUAAAGAUUCAAAGGCGCCUUCGCUUCCAAUCGAGGAUUUAUUGACUUCAUUACCAUUAUUUGCGGCUAUUGUCAGUCAAUUUUCCUACACAUGGGGACUUUACGUGGUUGCUACUCAGGAACCAACCUAUUUGGCUGAAAUCUUAAACAUGAAGAUUGAAUCGAAUGGUUUACUUUCCAGUUUGCCACAUUUAUCUGCGGCUAUUUGUUCCAUGUUAUUUGGCGUUAUCUGUGACAGAAUCCGUAGAUCUGGUAGAUUUAGCAUCACCUGUUUGCGCAAAUUUUUCACCGCAAUUGGUGCUUUUGGUCCAGCUAUUUGUUUCAUUAUUAUUCCUUCACUGGGCACCGAUCGUGUUAAAGUAGUUGUCCUGUUCAUUGUGGCUAUUUCAUUAGGAGCAGCUACUCUUGCAGGAUCGUCGAUUGUUCAUGUUGAAAUGGCACCAACUUUUGCUGGAACUCUUAUGGGAAUCACAAAUUGCUUCAGCAAUAUGCCUGGUGUUUUGAUCCAAAGUGCUGUGAAAGAGUUUGUCGGGGAAGAUGAAACGUUGAAAAACUGGUCCAAAGUGUUCUAUUUGACGGCGGGUAUAUAUGCUCUGGGUGGAUUGGCUUUUGUACUGUUUGCUUCAGCUAGGCUUCAAACAUGGGAUCCCGAGUAUUCCAGACAGAAACAGAUAGUUCAUUGUAGAGAACCAACUUAUGGAACCACAGAUAGUACUGAUGGACAUACUAGCAGUGAACCUGAAAUUUAAACCUGGACUUUCAACGCUUUUCGCAUCAUCUGUUCCCAAUACUAACCAUUAUUCAGCUGUUCAUAACUGAUGUUAACAAAAAAAUAAAGGACUGUGAGUGAAUCUAUUGUGCAGAUUCGUUAAAAUGAAAGCAUCUCUGGCGCAUUUUACAAAUUAUACGGCUUAUGUAAUAUGAUUGGCAAAACUAAUCAAUAUCGACUUAUGAUUUAAUCAGGAAACAGCAAAUUUGUCUUCAAAGUAAAUAAAAGCAUAUAUUUGACCAUCGGCCCAGAUGAAAAAAGAAAAUCAAGCCACCUGAUGGAUAGAGAAAUCUUGCCAACUGUAUGAUAGUUGACUGUAUAUUGUAAAAUGAAAAACUAUGAAUUUAUUUCGUCUUCCUUAAAAGCCUAAAAAUCUUCAUCAACGGCUUGAAAUAUUUCUGGUUUAAGGCUAAUCAUGUGCACGGAUGGCGAAUUCAAUAAUCCAAAUACAAUCAAUGAAGUUGUAUAUAUAUAUAUCUUUUAAAGCUAUUUAAAUAUACAAAAAUUUAAAUAAAAUGUAAAUUUGACCUGAUAAAACAGCCCAGAAUGGGCUGAAUCUGAAGAACAAAUAAAAGCAUAUUUGUAUACAGUGUAUUUUCA